UAAUAAUUAAGAUAACUUUGAUAAAUAAAAUAUAAAGGGUUAGAUUGGGAUCAAAUCAAAGAAGAAAGGAUAAGGGAAAUCACGCAUGAAUCCUAGAACACCGUUCCCGAAAGAGGAUGAAAAUAUUGUUUGAGCUUUCUUAUCACGCCAAUGUCGAAGAAGAGUUCCAAAAUAACCCCAAAGAAGUUGCAAGAGAAUGCCAUUGGGGAAGAGCAAAAGCCUUCUUCUGUACCGAAAAAAGCAGUUAGCGAAAUUGACGAAAUAUUCGCUGGAAAAAAGAGAAAGAAAUCUGAUGCGAAAAAAACUGGAAAAGCCGGUGACGUAACUAAGAGUGCUGAUAAUACAAAGAAGAUGAAGAAUGAAAAGAAAAAAUCCAAAAGGGUAGAUGAUGGUGAGUUUGUAGAUCGGCCUUCUCGACCAAGAAAGAAAACAGAGGAUGGGCUUACUAUCUAUUCGGAAGAGGAGUUAGGUCUUAGUAAAGGGGAUGCUGGAAAUACUCCACUUUGUCCAUUUGAUUGCUCUUGUUGCUUUUAAUGGAAGCUGCUAAUGAUAUGUGCACCGAUUUCCUUGCUCCAACAAACGAAGGUGUUGUGGUUGUAUUACAUCCUUUAUUAUUUAUAGUUGGGCCAAGUGUGACUUGAGUUAUGUUGUAAUGACCUUGAAUUCUUUAGAUCUAGAUAUGAUUCCUUGAAGUAGUUUCAAUUUUGCAACAGAUUUAGUUCCGCUCUUCUAGGCUUUACUCCCUUCAAACAUAAAAUUAUUCAUGUAUGAUGUCUCAGCCAAACGGUUUGUGUAAUUUAUUAGAAAAUGGAGGGAAUGUUUUGAGGUGCUUGAAUCA